GGGUGUGCGCGAGCCAGGGGAGCGCGGCGGUGCCCGGGGCGGGGAAAAGAGGGGAGAGCACGCCUGUGAUGCUGGACACGUGCAGGGUAGACGACGUGGGAUUCACCACCACCACCAACUCCGCCUCCUCGUCGAGGGUGAAGGGGGAUGAUGGCGUGUCGCUGGAGAUGGAGAACACAAGCUUCAGAGACGGCGUAGGCGGUGAGGGGGGAGGAGGGCAAAAGGCUUUGACUUUUGACGACCGCGGUUCUGCCUGCCUCGACCGACAUUCCAAGGCGGAUGGUGACGUCGGGGUGUGCGCCGAUGAAGAGAAGGCGAUGAAAGGGAGUGCAGGGAGGGUUUCAGCCUCCGCCAGGAGGAGAAGAGCUACCGCCGUUCACAACCAAUCCGAACGUGUAAGUGAAGUGAUGCACAUCUCUAUUUUAUGAGAAUUAUUUUAUUUUUCAUCAGCUAAUUCAAAGGGAGGGGGAAAAACAAAUUCCUAGAUUUUUUUUUCUUUUUUCAAACCGUGUUGACAACUGCUGACUGCCUUCUUAUAGUUAUAAAGACGAAGACACCAUGUUUCAUAUAUGUAUAAAUGAAUUUAAAUCUAGCUAUGGUACAAAAGGUAAGGUGCUAAUUUACAAGUGUUAGCUGCCACAGCUAGCAUGCAAUACAUGAUCUCCAUCAUGGUUGUCUCUGCUUUUGCGCAACUAAAUUUCUCUCUCUAUUUUUUUUGCAUGAUUGAGUUUUAAGAGUUGACAGGUUAAGACUUAAUUGACUCGCCAAAUGGGACCUUUCAUUCACAUUGCAUGGGACGUGCAAAGACAAGAUAUUGGAAGACAUGGCACCUUGUAUAUAAUAUUUAAUAAUAUCUACCACUAAAGUUUUGACACAUUAGCUCAUAAAAUUGUUUAUAAUUUGAGAAACAUAGUAAAGCAUACGUGUCUUUCCUGACUUUUUUGUCCUUUAUUUACCAGUACGAAAAAUAUAAGAACACGAAGAUGAUCUUCCAACUGAACUAAAAUAAUGUUUUGUCAUAGAGAAUAUGCUAAGUGCUUUUUUCAUGUGGUAAAAUUCAGAAGCUAAACUGUAAUAUUAAAAUAGAGUAAGGUUAGGACGUACACCCAUCAUCCAUACAGCAUGUUCCUAAACAUCCAACCACCCUUGUACGUACAACAAAAAGGAUGUCCACCAAAUGUAGCCUGACUACUAGUUUUGCCUGUUCCAUAUUUCAUGAUACUGUGUUGUAGAUUUAUGACUAAUAUGUUGAUGCCUAUAGUUGG